AGGUUUGCAAAUUUGCGUUUCCUUCAGGUUUCUCUGAACGAUAUCUCAUUUCGCGAGAAAGGUAUUGUGGAGGAGACCAUGACCAUGUACAAUCCUUACACAAGUGAGGCUGUCUUUCAAGGCAGCCUCUCGUCCGCGGGUGACGUGGAAACGGGACAAGAUUUAGUUGCCGGUGCCAGCUUCUUCAAUUCGGACUUCAAAAAGAAUGAAGAUUUGAAAAUUAUGCUGGACAAUAGCAAGGACAGUUUGAAAUUGGAGGCGAUGAAGAGAAUAAUCGCAAUGGUCGCCAAAGGCAGAGACGCCAGUGACCUUUUUCCCGCCGUUGUUAAGAACGUCGUUUCGAAGAACGUGGAAGUUAAGAAGCUCGUUUACGUGUACCUUGUCCGGUACGCAGAAGAACAACAAGACUUGGCAUUACUAUCCAUCUCGACAUUCCAGCGCGCAUUAAAAGACCCGAACCAACUCAUUCGAGCGUCAGCUCUCCGAGUUCUCUCUUCAAUCAGAGUUCCAGUGAUAAUUCCAAUCGUGAUGUUAGCCAUCAAGGAAGCUGCGAAUGACAUGUCCGCUUACGUGCGGAAAACAGCUGCACAUGCUAUUCCCAAGUUGUACAGCUUGGACCCAGAGCAAAAAGAAGAGCUUGUGUCGGUGAUCGAGAAACUACUUUCGGACAAAGCUACUCUUGUGCUCGGAUCCGCUGUGAUGGCCUUCGAAGAAGUUUGCCCGGAAAGGAUCGACUUGAUUCAUAAGAAUUACAGGAAAUUUUGCACCCUCAUAACCGAUGUCGAGGAAUGGGGUCAGGUCAUAAUUUUGAACAUGCUCGUUCGCUACGCCAGAACACAGUUCGAAGAUCCGAAUCAUCCUGAUUUCGGCGGACAAAAUGAAUCGCGAUCAUUCUACGAAGACUCCGAAUCGGAUUCCUCGGACCCUGAAGAAGUACAGAAGAAAAUCCGGAAGCCAAAAACGAAGGAAGUGGACCCAGACCUGACUCUGCUCUUGCGAAACUGCCGCCCUUUGCUCCAGAGUCGGAACGCCGCGGUGGUGAUGGCGGUGGCGCAGUUGUACCAUCACUGUGGUCCGAGAUCCGAAAUGGUGUCAGUGUCUAGGGCCUUGGUUCGACUCUUGCGGUCGCACCGAGAAGUUCAAGCCUUGAUUUUAAACACUUUGGCAGCUUUGUCCACUGAACGGAAAGAACUUUUCGAGCCUUACUUGAAAAACUUCUUUGUCCACGCGAACGACCCGACGCUGGUGAAGAUGCUCAAGUUGGAAGUGAUGACCAAUGUUGCGAAUUCUGGGAACAUAUCUGUGAUCCUAAGGGAGUUUCAGACGUAUAUUUCAAGUCCGAACAAAGAGUUCGUCACAGCAACAAUUCAAGCGAUUGGGAGGUGUGCUUCAAAUAUCAAGGAAGUGACGGAUUCAUGUCUUCAUGGACUCGUUAUCUUGUUGUCCAAUCGGGAUGAGUCUGUGGUCGCUGAAAGUGUGGUGGUGAUACGGAAGUUGCUCCAACUACAGCCUUCUCACGUGAAAGACAUCGUUGUCCAGCUCGCAAAAUUAGUCGACACGAUCACUGUGCCAAAUGCGACUGCUUCGAUCCUCUGGCUUCUGGGAGAAUACUCCGAACAAGUGCCUCUUAUUGCUCCCGACGUUCUUAGAAAAAUGGCCAAACAGUUCCCGGAUUUGGACAAUGGGGUCAAAUUGCAAACGAUGAAUUUGGCAGUGAAGCUGUUGCUGACGAAUCCCUCGCAAACUGCCCUGUUGGCACAAUAUGUGCUGAACAUGGCGAAAUAUGAUAUUAGUUACGAUAUCAGAGACAGGGCCAGGUUUUUGCGGGCAUUUGUGUUCCCAGAACCCGGGACAGAAGGUAAUCCUUUUGUGAAGCAGGCCCGGAAGAUCUUUCUCGCGGCCAAGCCUGCUCCUUUGCUUGAGUCAAGGUUCAAAGCACGGGAAAAUUACAGAAUGGGUUCCUUGUCCCAUUACCUGAAUGCCCCCGCGGAAGGUUACCACGAAUUGCCGCCGUUCUCUGAGAAGCCGACUGAUUCUACCCUACGGGCUGUGAAGCUCUCGGAACCGGAACCGAAAAUCAACGCUUUCUUGUCGAGCUCGAAGACCAAGAAAAGUGGCACGAAGAAGGAGAAAAUUGAGCCUUCGUUUUAUUCAGAUGUGGAAGCUGAAGAGGACGAGGAAGAGUCUGAUGAAGAAACUGACACGAGCACUGAUGAAUCGUCUGAUGGAAGUUCCUCUGGCGAAGACACGGAUGAAAGCUCGUCAUCAAAAGCCUCUGAAACUCGAGAACCCGUGAAACAAAAGCCUGUCAAAUCUGUUGCAGUUAAACCCGCGAAAGCACCAGUAUUGAUAGACACGAAGGCAACUGCAAACGAGUCUUCCAGUGAGUCUGAAACUUCCGAUUCCGAGUCUGAGUCGGUCAGUGAAUCAUCUGAAGAAGAAAUUGUAGUGAAGACUAAACCGAAGCAAAAGGAAGAGCCCAAGAUCGUGAAGAGAGAUCCCGAAAUUAAGAAGACGUCGCAGAAAAAUGUGGAUCUUUUGCUGGACCUCGACUCUUUUGAUCCAAUUGGACCCACAUUAGCUCCUGUUACAUUUUCCGCCCCACUGGAAGCUAUGAAACCGAGCUCAACGAAUUUUGCUGCUGAUGCUGAUAUUCAGUUGGCAAGUUCAGCGUGGGUGCAGGAAGACUUCAGUGUCUUGGUGGAUUACAAAACCGCUGCUGGGCUCGAAGUUGCGCUUCGAUACCGAAGAGUCCCUUCCAUUUAUUCCCCGAAAAUGAUCGCCAUGGAAUUGCGGCUGGAGAACAAGUCCGAAGCCGAGAUGACUGACGUCAAGGUCGAGUUGAGCAAUUCUGCGCCGAAAGGCGUCACUUGGCACGGAUUCCCUACGCUUCAUUCCGUGGCAACAGGAAUGGCGCACACUGCGGGUGUCGGUCUCGACACUGGAGAUACCACGCAACCCGUUGCUUUGGACAUUUGCAUUUCCGGGCGGAAGUUUCCCGCUACUCUGAAGGUUCCCGUUGGAGAAAUGUGCCGAGCCGUGACAAUGGGCGAAGGAGCAUUUGCCAAGGAACGAGCGAAGCUUAGAGGAAUGAACGAACACACUGCGAAAUUCACAUUGAAAGAUCAUUUGAAUGAUCCGGGCAGUAUUGCGAAAGCUGUUUACUCCGUCGCAAAUGUGCUUCAGAUUCCCAGUUUCGAGGUCUCCAAUCUUCGCUUCGCAGGGCAGACGUUGUCGUCGAACGUGUUGGUUCUCGUCAGCGUCGUUCCAGUUGCUGGUUCUGCAGCCCGCGAAGCCAAUCUCACCGUAAACUGCGAUAAAAUGGUCAUUGGCUCUAUUUUGUUGAAGGAAAUCAAGGAUGCUUUGAGCAAAUGA